AUCACUAUGCAAUUCUUACCCGCGUCUUGUUUCUUCACUAUCCCACCCUAUCUAUCUCCCACCCGCAAUCCUCGCCGCCCAUGGCCGCCAAAUUAGGAUUCGCCGUUACAGUUUCUCGCACUUUCUAUGCUCCUCUGCGUACACCCACCAUUGCCCUCUCUCCAAAUUGCUCUGCUUCCUCAAAGCGCCGCCUGAUUCCGCUUGUCGGCCGUACUCUUUCCAUUCCACGCAGAUUAUUCAUUCUCCCCCACCUUAGAGCUACGACUGAUCAACAGGGUCAAGGAGAUGAAGUUGUUGACAGUAAGAUUCUUCAAUACUGCAGCAUAGAUAAGAAAGAGAAGAAAUCGUUGGGGGAGAUGGAACAAGAAUUUCUACAAGCACUACAGGCAUUUUAUUAUGAGGGAAAGGCCAUUAUGUCAAAUGAGGAAUUUGAUAACCUGAAAGAAGAACUUAUGUGGGAAGGAAGCAGUGUUGUUAUGCUCACUUCCGACGAACAAAAGUUUCUAGAAGCUUCAAUGGCUUACACUUCUGGAAAUCCAAUAAUGAACGAUAAAGAGUUUGACGAAUUGAAGAUGAGAUUGAGGAUGGAUGGAAGUGAAAUCAUAGCAGAGGGUCCUCGAUGCAGUCUUCGUAGUAAGAAGGUGUACAGUGAUUUAACCGUUGACUAUUUGAAAAUGUUCCUCUUGAACGUUCCAGCAGCUGUUGUUGCUCUGACAUUGUUUUUCUUUCUGGAUGACUUGACUGGUUUUGAAAUCACGUAUCUUUUGGAGCUCCCGGAACCAUUCAGUUUCAUUUUCACAUGGUUUGCAGCUGUGCCAGUGAUAUUAUGGUUAUCCAACGCACUUACAAACUUCGUUGUCAAAGAUUUCUUGAUCUUGAAGGGGCCAUGUCCAAACUGUGGGACUGAGAAUCUUUCCUUCUUUGGGACAAUACUGUCUAUAUCUAGUGGCGGUUCCAACAACACUCUCAAAUGUUCAACUUGCGAGACAGCACUGGUGUAUGAUUCAAAGACAAGAUUGAUCACAUUGCCGGAAUGAGUUGAUCGAGGUAUGGUUCUCUUUUCAUGAUGAUAUCAGAGAGAGAUUGAUUGCCAAGGCCCCUUGUAGCUUCCAAGAACAUGUAAACGGUGGUGGGAUUUGUAUGUAUAUUAGAAGUAACACAUAUUUUUGUAAGCAUCCAAUCUGAGAUGUUUUUUCUUUUCUUUUUGGUUUCGUGUGUGCCCGAUAAUUCAUGUAUGUAUAGACAAACCAAACCUGAUGUUAAAUCCAACAACUCAUCCUUUUUAUAUAUUUGAAUCGAAGUUUUGAUA